AUGCAGGAGCCGACUAUACCUAUAAAAGAAGAACAUAUUAUAUUUGAGAAGUACAAAAAACCUAUUAUUAAAGAUUUUGAACAUGAUUUGAGAGGUGAAGAGGAAUCACAAUAUAACGUCUUACGUAGAGACAAUAACCGUCCCGCUGAUUUGAGCAAAUUAUUAAGGAGUACCAACUUUAAAGAAAAAUUUGUUGAAUUUCUAAUAGAAGAUUGGACAAGAGAUGAAUUUAUUAUAUUAAUGGAAGAAAAGACUAUUAAACUUAAUUAUGGUCAAUGUUACACUUAUGAGGUAUCAAGUGAAAAUAAAAUAAAAAGAGUUAUUGAUUAUAACCUUCCUUGUUAUCAUGAAGAAGCUGACACCAAAAUUGUGUACCACAUUUGUCAACUUAAUUAGUCAGACGUCAUUAACGAACAAAAUGAAGAAGAGGGAGAUGAAGAUGAGGCUGAUGCUGUUGACGAAGAUGAUGAAGAUUUUUCCGAUAAUUCUGAUAAAGAAUAA